UUUAUCAAAAUUAUCCGGUAUUUGUUUUCAGGUUUCGUAUUCGACAAUCGACAUUCGUUAAUUUGUUAAUUUGCACUAAUUCAGUAUACACGUCUUGUUCUUUGCUUAGAUCAUAAUAUAUGAUCUAAGAUUCUUUGAUUUUAGUAUACACAGUUCAUAAAUAAAAUGUUACCUCUUUCAUUACUCAAAACUGCUCAGAAUCACCCAAUGUUGGUGGAAUUAAAAAAUGGUGAAACAUACAAUGGCCAUUUAGUGACAUGUGAUAGUUGGAUGAAUAUCAAUUUAAGAGAAGUUAUCUGCACAUCUAAAGAUGGUGAUAGAUUUUGGAGACUUCCAGAAUGUUAUAUUAGAGGCAGUAUGAUUAAAUACUUAAGAAUACCAGAUGAAAUAUUUGAUAUGGUAAAAGAAGAUAUAGUUGUAAACAAAGCUCGUGGUCGAACAGAUAACCAAAAAAAUCGUGGAGGAUCUAGAGGAGCUAGACAAGGGUUUGGAGGAAGAGGAGGCGGUGGUAACAACCGUGGAACUGGACAACAACAGAGAGGUGGCCCAAAAAGUUUUAGAGGAAAAUAAAUUGUGUAUUUUAUAAGUUAUAUUUAAAUUUAUAAAUGUAUAAUUGCAAUAACAUGUGUAAAGAAAAUUCUCAUAUUUCUUUAAUUAAUUAAGAACAAUUUACUUAACCACUAAGAAAACAAAAUUAAAUUAAAAAUUACAAUCAUAAAAAUAACUAUUAUUGUAUUAUUAUUAAUAUGAACUAACGUAUUGUCAAAGUGAAAGAAUAAGGUAUACAUAUUCUAGGUAAACAUUUAAUUGAUAAAAAGGUUUAAAUGUAAUUUAAGUACUGAAGACUGGAUUAAAGUAGUGUAUCAGUGAUUAAUUUUAAAAUUUAAAAUUAAACUUAUGCUAAUAUUAAAAAUGAAAAUAUAUUAAAUUUGAAUAACAUA